AUGUCAUAUGCAAAUCAGAGUCAGACCAACAGCACUGUUGGAAUGCAGUAUCAGGGGUUACUUGCAUUGGUGUUGUUUUCCUUUGUAACUACAGUACCAUGCUGUGUGUUUCUCUUCAUUAAUGGGACCAUGUUAUUCACCUUGAGGAGUAAAACUGUGUUCUAUGAGACCUCACGUUAUAUUCUUCUGUUUAACCUCCUUUUUGCAGACACUGUACAGAUGGCUCUGAGUCAGUUAUUUUACAUGCUGUCUGCUUGUAGAAUAUGGUUGACAUAUCCUGUAUGUGGUGUUUUCUUUAUGCUUGCCUAUCUCACAAAUGUAAUCUCUCCUCUCACACUGGUGGUGAUGUCUCUGGAGAGAUUUGUUGCUGUGUGCUACCCACUGAGGCACUCUACCAUCAUCACCAUCAGAAACACAGAAUUAGCUAUCUUUGUGGUUUGGACCAUCAGUUCACUAAAUGUUCUCACAACAGUUAUUUUACUUUUAGAUUUUCCAUUUGAAGACCUAGAGAGCCUGCAGAUGAAAGAGUUUUGUGCCACAGAAACUAUGUUGCUUGGCCCAAUGUCUGGUGUUUAUGAUGAAGCCUUCACUUAUUUUCUGUUUGUUUCAGCUGGUGUGGUUGUGACUUGCUCCUAUAUUGGUGUGAUAAUAGCAGCCAGGUCAGCUUCCACAAACAAAGCUUCAACCCAAAAGGCUCGUAACACACUGCUGUUACAUCUGGUGCAGCUGGGCCUCAGUCUGUCUUCAACCAUACACAAACCACUGGUUAUGGCAAUCUAUAAAGUCUUAGACAGGAUAGCAUUUCUGCAAAUACAAGUAUUUCUUUAUGUGUUUAUUAUAAUUUUACCAAGAUGUCUGAGUUCUCUCAUCUAUGGAAUCAGAGACCAGACCAUCAGACCGAUCCUCAUGUACAAUCUUUGCUGUCAGUGGAGAGGCUCACUUUCCCACCCAGUUGUCCCAGCCAAGCGGCUAGCUCUGGGGACAUGGAAUGUCACCUUGCUGGUGGGGAAGGAGCCCGAGCUUGUGUUGGAGGUGGAUCGUUACCAACUACAGAUAGUUGGGCUCACCUCCACACAUAGCCUGGGCUCCGGAACCAAACUCCUGGAGAGAGGCUGA